AUGUCGGAGAUGACAGUCAAGAUCCGUAUGAAGACAAUGAUAAUGAAGCAUUGGAUGAUUACGAAUUGGCCAUUCGGCUUGGUGCUUGCCAAGGUAAGCCGAUGCCUGUGGACAUCAGCGAGAUGGAAACACAGGAUCCUUUGGCUGUUGCAGCUGCGCAGAAGAGCAAGUUGCCAGCCCAAGUUGAGGUCGGCUUGACACGCAAGGAGCAGCGAGCUUGCCACGAGAAGCCGAAGCAGAAAAACAAAGGCAGCCCGGCAAAGAAGGUGGAGAUCCCGGCACAAGAGGAGCAGGAACCUUCCCCGACACAACAGAAGAAGAAGCCCAAGAAAGCCGACGCAAGCCAAAGCCAGCCGACCAACAGACUCCCGAAGAAGCAGCCCAUCGAAGAGCCGGUGGCCACUCCUCAAGCAUCAAAGAAAGGCAAACACCAGGAGAUUUCAGAAUUGAAGCCCGAUGCUCGGGGAAAGCGCGCAAGGAAGGCCACAGCUGAGGAAAAGCCCAGCAACAGUAGGGAUCAGAAGGCCGCAGCUAAGGACAAACCAGCCACAGCUGAUGACGAGCCCAAAGAGAAGCAAACCUUUGCCCGCCGACUCUAUCCCAAAAAAGAGUAUAGCAUUGCCAAGUGGUGCGGUCUCCGCAAGACGUAUGAAUCCCACGUUGGCCCGAGACUUCGGCGGCCGUCGAAGUUCGAGGACCACUUCUGGUCCUUCUUCACGAAGUGGCAUGCGGAGACUGACUUCUCCCAGGCUAAUGCUGAUUUCUUUGCUUGCAGGGCCCUGGAGAUCGUGGCAGAGUAUCUUCAGGAGGCAGAGUUGAGAACCGAGUUGGUACUAUCGCUGAUUGUCGCUAUGAGCCUUCGGCGAGGCCAGAGCGUUUUUGCCCGAUUCGGGCCACAGGUCUUCAUCCUCAUUGUCUUGAUGACAAGCUUUCUGGAUGGGGUUGAGCUGGAGGGUCACUACGACGUCAUUGAGUUCUUUAGUGGACUUAUUGACUCUUUGGGGCAUUUGUUGCUCCAGCUGGGUGAAGCUCAACGCUGGAACCUCCCAGAGGAGUUUCCUAACCCCCAUGGGUCUGUCCUUUUGAUCGCGAUGACAAUCUGUGCCUCCGGAUUGUUCUUGUGCCAGGGCAUGUACCGGGUUGCUAUGUGGAUGGGCAACUUCAAAGCUCCGACGCCGAAAAGGCAGUAUACGCCGAGAUUCGCCGCGCACAUCCUGAAGCUCCGCCCUCUGCUCAAGGUUCCAGUGGCAUCGGGUGAGCUUCGUGGCAUUAUAGCUAGUAUGGUGCAAGAUGAUUCCUGGGAGGAUGCUAAUUUGAGUGAUGUCUUUUGGGGCCUGCAGCUUCUUGAGAAGCAAAACAGCAUGGAUUUGGCACAUGUUCACAGUGUGGUCGAUCCCGAAUUGGCGGCUAUGCAAGCCGAGCUGAACGAGCUACAGGAGCGGGAGGCCCAACCGACGCCUCAACUUGCAUCCCAGUCCCACGGCUUUGGCAUCGACGACACGCUUCCUGAGCACACUUACCAAUCCCAGAUGACGCAGGAUGCUCAGAGGUUUCCGCAAUCGACCACUGAGUGGAAGGAGUUCAAUGCGGCCCGGCGAGCUGCGGGAAUGCCUGCGACCCUCCCAUCCCCUGCCCCCGCCGUGACCGGUUCAGGCCCCGAGCCAAACUCCGAAGGCAGCAACCCCGACACGCACGAGUCCGGUUCCAAAGGUCCAACCGCUCCUAAGGCAAACCCAAACGGCGGCCCAGCAGCUCCAGAGCAGAGCGCGGAGCUGGAGUUGUAUGUUGCAGAGCCUGCGCCCCCUCCCUUGCCCGAUCAGCCAACAGAGGGGGCCAUUUACAAGAGGCUUUAUAGGCUUGCCAAAGCAAGGGAAGACGGCAGCUUCUUGAUUCCUCAAGCUAUCCGAAAUGAUUGGCUCGACAAGGAGAAGCGCCCCGCAGUCGUACAUCUUUUCGAGAGGUGUGCUUGGGAUGUGCGUAAGUUCACGGUGAAAGUGCGCAAGUUGUACGAGAAGAUCGACGAGAUCGAAAUGGAGGAGGACUACGAGUUCUUGACCGAAGAUUGUAUGCGAGAACUGGGUUGGGAACGGAUUGCCGGAGUUAAAGAACACUGCUCCAAGAUCCCAGGCUUCACCAGGAAGAGGCUCUACGAUAACAAGAUCAUGUAUUGGACAACCUUGUCUGUCAAGGGCAAGAAGAAGACCACAAAGCGCACCGCGAUCCAGAAGAUGCUCGACACCGAGGAGGAUGCGCCAGAGGAUGGAAACCUCGAGGGCCCCAUGGAGUUCGACUUUGAAGGUGGGUCUUCUGUGCUCUUAAUUGGUUUUGAGGUUCUGGGCCUUAGGGAUUCAGGUUUUGUACGGGCAGGGGUUUUAAAGGUCGCAAAAGUUUUUUGUUACACAAAAGAUGGGGCUCAUAACAUCGAUAGGUUCGGUUUUGGGUUAGGCAGGGUCUCGGGCUUUCAGUCUUAG